AAUACUGUAUGUAGUAACAAAAAAGGGACACGGUCUUGGUCGUCGGAGGAGCAACGUUGCAAGAUGAUACUGACGUGUGCUUACGAUUUACAGAGACCCGUCUUCCUUCUUUCCAUCUCCUACUACAAUUCAACGAAUCUUUGAUCUGAUAUCCAUACACACACAGCGAGGAUAAGAAGAAAUACAGAGAGAGAGGUCUAUCUUGCAUUGAUGAGUUGCUCUUGGUUCUCAUGCCACAAGAGUGGAGGAGAACCUUCAGAAGUUGAUAAAGAAAUCUCAGCGAUAAACAAGGUGAAGAUUUACAAAUAUAAAGAGAUUCGUCAAGCUACAGAUGAUUUCGAUGCCUUGAAUAAGAUUGGAGAAGGAGGGUUUGGCUCUGUGUACAAGGGUCGUCUUAAAGAUGGAAAGAUUGCAGCUAUCAAAGUCCUAUCAGCUGAGUCAAGACAAGGUGUAAAAGAGUUUUUGACUGAGAUAAACGUCAUAUCAGAAAUACAGCAUGAGAAUUUGGUUAAGUUGUAUGGAUGCUGCGUUGAGGGGAGUCACAGGAUACUUGUUUACAACUAUCUGGAGAACAAGAGCUUAGACAUGACACUUCUUGCUGGGGGCUACAUUAAGAGUGGGAUACAGUUUGAUUGGAGAACUCGGUCCAAAAUCUGCGUUGGUGUUGCUAAAGGUCUUGCUUUUCUUCAUGAAGAAGUACGUCCACACAUUAUUCAUAGAGAUAUCAAAGCAAGCAACAUUCUACUUGACAGAGAUUUAUCCCCCAAGAUCUCCGACUUUGGACUCGCUAGGCUUAUGCCACCGAACAUGACUCAUGUCAGCACUCGUGUCGCUGGUACAAUUGGUUAUCUAGCGCCAGAGUAUGCGGUUAGGGGGCAGGUGACGCGUAAAGCUGAUAUUUACAGCUAUGGAGUUCUUCUGAUGGAGAUAGUCAGUGCGAGAAGUAACAAAAACACACGGUUACCCAUAGGAUAUCAAUAUCUUCUAGAAAGAGCUUGGGAUCUUUAUGAGAGGAAUAAGCUCGUGGAUCUUGUUGACACAGGGUUAAACGGAGUCUUUGACGCAGAGGAAGCUUGCCGGUACUUAAAAAUAGGUCUUUUGUGUACGCAAGACAAUCCUAAGCUAAGGCCAAGUAUGUCCACAGUGGUGAAGUUGUUAACAGGGGAGAAGGAUAUAGAGAACAGGAACAUAACCAGACCGGGUUUGAUUUCUGAUUUUAUGGACUUGAAAGUGAAAGGACCGGUCGAGAAAAAGCAAGAGGAGGAAGUGAACAGACACAAUAACUACACGAAUCUAUCUUCAGAUAAUAAUGCUUCGUCUAGCUCCGGGACUAGAGAUACCUCAAAUGCUUACUCAUCAGGGGCUUCUUCAUCUACUGCGGUUUCUACACUCAGCAGUACCAUUUCUUGAUGUUGGGGAACUAAAGCGACCAGAGGUUGUCAAGAAGACUGGGGUUAUAAUUAAACCGGUCAGGUUCGAGGAGGUAAAUCCAAACGAUGAAGUAGAUGAUGAACACACUCGAAACCAUCAGAAACAAAGACCUCAAAAGAAAAUUAGUAGACGCCAAAGCAAAGUCAAC